AUGGGUAACACAACGUCUUCAUCCGCCACCAUACCUGUCCCCGAUGGACCCGUUGCAGAGUCAAAGACCCCUUCUUCUGGCAAUGCUGCUGUCGCCUCGGCAAAAGCCUCUCGAAAGCGGGCUGCCGAUUUCAUGGAAGAUAGCGAAGAAGUGUCAGGAAAGCCUGCGGCUGGAAGAAAGAGUGCCGACGAUUUGACAACUGCACCUACCAACAAAUCUACUUCCAAGAAAUCCAAAAAGAACAAGAAGGGUAAACAUGACGAACUCUUAAGCGCAGACGGUGUCAAUGGUGUCAUCGAACAUAGUGGUGAAGAGGAGGUUGAGACUGCCACAACACACAAACCAGUGUCAACUUCAAUGCAAGCCGAAGCCGAACACACAGUCGAUCAAGAACUAGAAGACGAGUAUGGAAGUGCCGAGGAUGAGGAAGAAGCGGGGCAAGACGACAACGCAGAUGUCCUUCUAGCUGGCUUCGACAGUGAAUCGGAGGACAAUCAGGAAGACAAGGGUCUAGACAUCAAUUCCAAACCUACCAUACCUGCCAACAAGAAACUUCGAUCUCAACUGAAGAAGAUCAAGAACUCCGGGGGCGCUGACGAGGAGCCCGGCACUGUUUACGUUGGACGCAUUCCCCAUGGGUUUUACGAAGCACAAAUGAAAGAAUACUUUUCACAAUUCGGAGACAUCAGCCGCCUGCGACUUUCUCGAAACAAACGAACCGGAGCAUCGAAGCACUUUGCCUUUAUUGAAUUCAAAUCCAAUGAAGUUGCCAAGAUUGUGGCCAGCACUAUGGACAACUACCUGCUCUUCGGUCACAUUCUAAAAUGCAAAUAUGCUGAACCCGGCUCUCUGCAUCCUGACGUCUGGAAAGGAGCAGACAAGAAGUUCAGAAAGAUUCCACACGAGAAGCUUGAACGAGAGAAAUUGGCCACUCCCAAAACCGAGGCACAUUGGCAGAAACUUGUUGACAAAGAGCAAAAGAGACGCGACAAGAAGGCCAAGAAGCUUGAGAAGCUUGGUAUCGACAUGCCUCCUUCUACUUUGACUAAACCCGGCACGGCUCUUCAGGAGAGAUUGGCCGCUCAAGAACAACAGCAGAAAAUCCAAGAUGAAGUCUCCGAACCGACUGGCAUGCUAGAACCACCGAAGGACGUGCCAAAGGAUGAUAUCGCCGUGAAAGAGGCGAAGAAAUCGAAAAAGGAGAAAAAGGAGAAGAAGGAGAAGGUUGCACCCCCCGCUGUUGAAGACGAGCCCGCUACCAAGACUCCCAUCGAAGAUACCGCAGGCAAGUCUUCGAAGAAGGACAAGAAGAGCAAGAAAGCGGCUAAUGUCGCUCCAGUAAAGGCAGAUGCAUCGACGGAGGAUGCUGUUGACGCGGGCUCCGCUCCAGCAACGACAGAAGCUAAGCCGGCAAAGAAGGAGAAAAAGAAGAAGCAGAAGCCUGAGUCUACCGAGCAAGUCGAAACCGCCUCUCCUGCCGCCAUUCCAGAGAAGAAGAAAUUAUCCAAGAAGGAAAAGAAGAAGGCACAAGAAACUCCUGCCGCCGCCGUUGAGAAAACUGCCGAGCCCGCCGUAGAGCCGCCUGUCUCAUCGGAAGCCGUGGCAGCUGCGCCAGCAGAAUCCGGAGCAGACUUCAUUUCCCUCACCGAGUUUGCCGACGACCAGUCCGAGUCCGCCGACGACGACGCAGGUGCAAAUGAACAAGCUGGUAAGCCGGGCAAACCAGUCAAGCCUUGGAAAAAGGAAAAGAAGAAGAAGGACCGCAAGAACCUCGUCAAGGCCCGCGGACCCAAGUCCAACCUUGCUCCCACGUCGCAAAAGUCGAAGCAGGAUCCCCAGGCGUCCGGCAAGGAUGGUAUGCCUCUGCUGGGCAAAUCGAAGUACGACAAGGCGGCUCGUCAGGCACACAAGGAGUUGAAGAAGGAGAUGCUCUCGAAGAAAUUCGGUGGCCAACGUCGCAUGAGCGGUGGAUCGUCUUCUUAG